AUGGCGGCUCUUUGUGGUGAGGAUACAAAGAGAGCCACCUCGAUACCGAAGAGUCGGCCAUGGCAGACUCACAUCCUCGUGCUGGUUUUCUUUGUUGUGGAGGUUGCUCGUGGCCAAGUCCGGUAUUCUAUUCCAGAGGAAAUGACAAAAGGAUCUGUUGUGGGGAAUAUCGUUCAAGAUCUUGGUUUGGAUAUAAAGAGGUUAAAGUCCGGACGGGCGAGGAUCUUUACCGAUGAUAGCCGUGAGUACAUCGGCCUGAAUGCAGAUAAAGGCACGCUGGUUGUGAAAGAGAGAAUAGACCGAGAGGAGCUGUGCGCAAAAGUAACCCCUUGCUCUUUACAUUUCCAAAUCAUUUUGGAUAAUCCUAUGGAGUUUCACCGUAUAGAUGUAGAGAUUUUAGACAUCAAUGAUAAUGCUCCGGCUUUUAAUAAGAAAGAAAUGAAUUUUCAGAUUAGCGAAUUGGCAGUGCCGGGUGCAAGAUACUCGCUUGACAGUGCGAAAGAUGCUGAUGUUGCAUCAAAUGCUUUGCAGUCGUACACUCUGCAGCAAAAUAAUCAUUUUACAUUAAAGACCAUAACUCGCCCAGAUAAUACAAAAUACGCAGAGAUGGUGCUGAAAUCACCUCUAGACAGAGAGACGAAUGAGGAACAUAGAUUAUUAUUAACUGCGUAUGAUGGUGGCGACCCACAAAAAUCUGGAACAAUCAGAAUUAAUAUUGUUGUUCUGGAUGCAAACGACAAUGCACCAGCUUUUACGCAGUCACUUUACAGAGUGUCUGUGCCUGAAAACACGUUAAAAGGCACGGUUAUGUUGACAGUUAGUGCGACAGAUGCAGACCAGGGAACAAAUGGAGAGGUGGUUUAUUCUUUGUCACAGAGCAGCGACAGCAUUUCUGACCUCUUUGAUAUCAAUGCAGACACGGGGGACAUUAUCGUCAACGGACUAAUAGACUUCGAAAAAUCAAAAACAUAUGAAUUAAAUGUAGAGGCAACCGACAAAGGAGGGUUAACAGAUACUAGUAAAGUCCUUAUUGAUGUGUUAGAUGUAAACGACAACGCCCCUGUUAUCAGCGUAAUCUCCUUCUCCAACCCAGUGCCCGAGGAUGCUGUGCCAGAGACGGUCAUCGCCAUCCUCAACGUAAAAGAUGUCGAUUCUGACAAAAACGGGCGAGUGAAAUGUAGUAUUGACUCAAAUUCACCUUUUCAAAUAAAACCAUCAAGUUCCAAUUUAUACAGUUUGGUUACUGAUGGCAUUUUGGACCGAGAAAGGGAGUCUGAGUAUAACAUUACUGUCACAGCUACAGAUGAAGGCUCGCCCUCGUUGUCAACAAACAAAACAAUGACGCUGAAAAUAUCUGAUGUAAAUGACAACCCCCCUCUCUUUCCCCAAAAGUCAUACACAGCUUACAUUACGGAGAACAACUCAGCAGGGGUGUCCAUAUUUGCUGUAGAAGCACUGGACAAAGACGCAGGUAAUAACGCGCGUGUAUCCUAUUUCCUCGACGAAUCUAGUGUUAAUGGCGUGCCUGCGUCAGAAUACGUCACUGUGAAUGCAGAGAGCGGCGUGAUUGUGGCUGCUCGUUCUUUUGAUUAUGAGCAAAUAAAGGAAUUCCACAUUCGAGUGAAGUCACAAGACGGAGGCUCGCCGCCUCUCAGUAGCAACGCAAGUGUCAAAAUAAUUAUUCAAGACUUGAACGAUAAUUCCCCACAGAUUCUUUAUCCAGUGCAGACUAGUGGCUCUGUGCUGGCUGAGAUUGUGCCUCGCUCAGUAGAUGCUGGCUACCUAGUUACUAAAGUGGUAGCCGUGGAUGUGGACUCUGGCCAGAACGCCUGGCUCUCAUAUAACCUACAAAAAACAACAGACAGGGCUCUGUUUGAAGUGGGCGCACAGAAUGGUGAAAUAAGAACUAUUCGCCAAGUGACUGAUAAAGAUGCUAUUAAGCAGAAGCUCACUGUCAUUGUGGAGGACAACGGACAGCCCUCUCGCUCUGCUACGGUCACGCUUAACGUGGCUUUGGCUGACAGCUUUCCAGAAGUGCUCUCUGAAUUCACAGAUUUUACGCACGACAAGGAGUAUAAUGAAAACCUGACAUUUUAUUUAGUUCUUGCUCUUGCUGUAGUAUCUUUUCUGUUCAUCGUGUCCAUCAUAGCCAUACUGUCAGUGAAAUGCUUCAGAUGGAGACGUGAGAGGAUGUUUUAUAAGUCCAAUGGAAAUCUCCCAGUCAUUCCAUACUACCCACCACUUUACGCAGACGUGGGAGGAACUGGUACUCUUCAGCACGUUUAUAACUACGAAGUCUGCAGAACCACCGACUCUAGAAAAAGUGACUUGAAGUAUAACCAGCCAUGUAGUCAGAGCAUGAUUAGCCUGGACAGCACUGGAACGCAAACUCUUACGCACAGGCAAAUGGACAAACUCAUCCUUGAUGAUACUGAAAAGGGACGCUGUUGA